AUAAAAGGUCAGCCCUGCAAGCUCACAGUACUCUCAGAAGAAGAGAAGGCCUCAAUGGGUCCAGUAGUUAUCCUGGUGCUGGGUCUCUCCUGUCUUCUUCUCUUUUCAAUAUGGAGACAGAACUCUGGGAGAAGGAAGCUCCCUCCAGGUCCCACUCCUUUCCCAAUUAUUGGAAAUAUUCUGCAGAUUGACAUUAAAGACAUCACUAAAUCUUUAACCAACUUCUCGAAAGUCUAUGGCCCUGUGUUCACUCUGAAUUUGGGCAUGAAGCCCACUGUGGUGUUGCAUGGAUAUGAAGCAGUGAAGGAAGCUCUGAUUGACCAUGGAGAGGAGUUCUCUGGAAGAGGCAGGCUCCCAUUGGCUGAAAAAGCUAACAGAGGCCUUGGAAUUGUUUUCAGCAAUGGACACAGAUGGAGAGAGAUGAGGCGCUUCUCACUCAUGACCUUGCGGAAUUUUGGGAUGGGGAAGAGGAGCAUUGAAGAGCGUGUUCAAGAGGAAGCAUGCUGCCUCGUGGAGGAGUUGAGGAAAACCAAGGGCUCACCCUGUGACCCCACCUUCAUCCUGGCCUGUGCUCCUUGCAAUGUCAUCUGCUCCAUUGUUUUCCAGAAUCGUUUUGAUUAUAAAGACCAGAACUUCCUGAACUUGAUGAAGAAAUUGAAUGAGAAUGUCAAGAUUGGGAGCUCACCAUGGAUGCAGAUCUACAACCUUUUCCUUGAUCUCAUUGAUUGUCUACCAGGAAGUCAUAAAACAUUACUAAAAAAUUUUGAUGAUAUAAAUAGUUACAUUUUGAAGAAAAUAAAUGACCAUGAAGAAUCACUGGAUGUUAACAAUCCAAGAGACUUGAUUGAUUAUUUUCUCAUAUGUAAAUGUCAGGAAAAUCACAAGGAAUCAUCGGAAUUUACUAAUGAAAAUUUGACAAUGGUUGCAUCUGAUUUAUUUGGUGCUGGGACAGAAACGACGAGCACAACACUGAGAUACUCCCUGCUGCUCCUGAUGAAGCACCCUCACGUCACAGCAUGGGCCUUUUCUUCAACCUCUAUGUCUAUGUUUAUAGAUUUGACCUUUCAAGUUCCCAAGGGCACAACCAUAUUGACAUCACUGACAUCUGUGCUACAUGACUCCAAGGAAUUCCCCAAUCCAGAGAUGUUUGACCCUGGCCACUUUCUGGAUGAAAGUGGUAACUUUAAGAAAAGUAACUACUUUAUACCUUUCUCAGCAGGGAAACGGAUUUGUGUUGGAGAAGGCCUGGCCCGCAUGGAGCUGUUUUUAUUCCUAACCACCAUUUUACAGAACUUCAACCUGAAACCUCUCGUGGAUCCACGGGACCUGGAUACCACUCCUGUUCUGAAUGGGCUUGCCUCUUUGCCACCAGCAUACAAGCUCUGUUUCAUUCCAGUGUAA